CAUACGGGGCCAUUCCGAUCCCCAACCGGGGAGCCAAGCCCAGCAGGUCGAUGGUGUUCAACUCGCCGCUGGGCACGUCCAGGACGCCGAACUCCUUAUCUGGGUUUGCAUCUUCCUUCCAUCGUGCACAGUCGUUUCGGUCGCUCGAGCCCCGUUUCAAGGCCUCCAGAUCGUAUUUCCAGGACGACGAGGAGCUCAUUGACCCGGACACGAUGGCUCCUUCAGCCGUGGGACACAAGAUCUCCACUGUUCUGCAGGGCAGACCGAUUCUGGACACAUCCGUGUUCGACGAGGCAGCCGUCGACGACGCGUCUUUUGCCGACCACAGCUACGCUGACUCCUCGCGCGCCAACUCACUGCACUCGUAUGCGGCCUCCUUUCUCACCGCUGACGACUCGUUCACCCUGCGGCAGGUCGAGGACAGGGACGGCAAGGUGGUGACGAUGAUCGCUCCGCGGUCGACCGUUCCACAGACCAUCUUCAAUAGCAUCAACGUUCUCAUCGGCAUCGGGCUUCUUGCGUUGUCCAAAGCAAUGACAUAUUCUGGAUGGUACUGCGGCAUCGCGCUGCUUAUUUUUUCGGCCUGUGUGACAUACUGGACGGCCACGCUGCUCAGUCGCUGCAUGGACACAGACCCGACUCUGUGCACGUAUGCCGACCUUGGCUACAAAGCGUUUGGGGCCAGGGGCAGACUGUUGAUUUCGGUCCUAUUUUCGAUCGAGCUGAUCGGCGUUGGUGUUUCUUUGAUUGUGCUUUUUGCCGACUCUCUGAACGCGCUGUUCCCGCAGAUCUCCGUUGUCCAGUUCAAGCUCAUCGCCUUCUGUGUGCUGACGCCCUUCUCCUUUCUGUCGCUGCGAGUCUUGAGUGGUAUCAGUCUGCUGGGUAUCACCUGCACCAUAUCGUUGGUUGUCACUAUUGUGCUGAUCGGGCUCACAAAGCCCGACAGCCCGGGCUCGCUGAUCCAUCCCAUGCCGACCAACGUCUACCCGGACUCUUUUCACAACUUUCUGGUUUCUUUUGGCAUCAUUCUGGGCCCCUUCGGGUCCCACUCACUGUUUCCCGCACUCAAGUCCGACCUGGCAGAGCCUCACAAAUUCCAAAAGUGUCUCUCAAUCACGUAUACUGUCGGCUUCCUGGCAGACUCGACGAUGGCGAUUACUGGAUUUGCCAUGUUCGGCGCCGGAAUAAUGAACGAAAUCACCCAAUCUGUGCUGGUCACCAGGGGAUACCCUAGUUUUGUGUACCUGCUCGUGAGUGUCUGCGUUUCAAUGGUGCCCAUUGCCAAGACCCCGCUCAAUGCAAUGCCGGUCAUCAACAUUGUGGAGUUUAUGAUGAACAUCUCGCCGCAGCAGAUAGACUCUCCGACGCUCUUCCAGAAGGCUCUUCGCGUCGGUGCCAAGUUGCUGGUUAACAUGCUUUUUGUGCUCAUUGCAAUCUUAUACCCUGAGUUCGACAAAAUCAUUGGCCUCAGCGGAGCAUCUCUAUGCACCAUGAUCUGCAUCAUCCUGCCUUGCGCAUUCUUUCUAAAGUUAUGCCGGCCGCCGCACGCCUGGCUUUACUACACGGUUAUAUUUGUAGCAGCUGUUGUCGGCAUAGCUGCCACCACUGCAGCAAUUACAGACUAAUUAUAUAGAUAACUUAUGACUACACCUGCCCGACCUUGACCACCCGCUUUUUCUUGCUCUCAUCCUUGCGCUCGUUGUGUUGCUUCCGCUUCUUUGCCCGUCUCAGCCGCUGUUUUUCCUCCCGCGAUAGCUCCGCCUUCGCCAUGACCACACCCGACUUCAGCCUAACCUCGUCUUUUUCCACCUUCGAGACAGGUUUAUAAACUUCCUGAGGAGCCAGCGUCUGCGCGUCUGACAUGGUGAGCGGCUGCGCAUCCUCCAUGGAAAUGGUCGACGUCUGCACCUUGACUUCCAGCUGUCUUUCUUUAGGCUUUGGAACAAAGUGCGCAGAGCACAGCGAGUCCAGCUGGUAGUUCAGCUUGUCUACCAGAGCUGUAAUCUCGUCGUGGGCCUGCUUCAGUUCGGCACUGGCAGCAUCCGUCUGCUUGCCCAAGUACUCGUCUUCGUAGAGUUCGGCUAGCGACUUGGUAGACUUCUCCUCGCUCACCUCCACCUUUUUGGACGGACGGAAGUCUGCCAGCUCGGAAACAACUCGUUUCUGCAAUUCAUCGAACUUUUGGUCCCUGAUGCGGCGCUUGAUUAUAUCCUCUAUCGUUUCUGUGGUUUCUUGCGUGAUGACAGGCACAGGCUUGGCGGCCCUGUCAAACUCCAGCUCCUCGUCCAGAAGUGCGUCUGCUUCUCUAUUUUUCGCCUGAACUUCUCCCUUCAUUUGCCAGGCCUUCUCCUUCACUGCCUCGGCCUCCAAAGCCUGGAUUUCCUUCUGCAGCUGCAGCUGCUGCUUCUCGAAAGUACUCAGCUGCUGGUCUGAGUUGUUGAAAUCUGCCAUCACAGAGUCAAAUGCUGCAUCAUAGUCGUCCUCGCCCAGAUCAAAUGACACCGCCUUGGACUGCUUGGACUUCUUCUCCUUCUUCUGCUCUGCAGUUUGCUUUUCUUCAACUUGCGGCUUGAAAAAAUCGUCGUAGUGGUACAUUUCUUCAUCAGACGACUCCUCUACAUCCAGAUCGACUUCGCUCUGGUUUUCUUCCAUCGCCAUAAUCUGUUUGUUGAAAUCAUCGAUCGAGAAAAACUGGUCAUUGAGACCAAAUGCGUCUUUGGGAGGAGCCACAUCCACCGACGAGUCUGAAUCGUUUCUGUCCUCAUCGCCUGCGUCUCCAUAAAACUCUUCGUCGGAGCCCAGUUCAUCGCCCUCCUGAGCGCUCUCGUAGACUUCUUCCGAUUCAGCACUGUCCUCAGACUCGUCUUCCGCCCCAUCUUCCACUUUCUGCUCCCCCACAUCCUGGUCUUCAGUGUUCUGAUCCGACUCGCUUGCGCUUACUUCUUCGUCGUCACUCUUAACAUCCUCCCAUUUGUCGCUCCAUAUCUCUUCGUUAACGCCUUCGACAACAAGCUUCACCUGGCCCCAAACUUGAGAGGGCGUGAGACCAUCCACAUAAAUUUCGUCGAGAACAGAAUGUGCCUUCGUGAUAGGAUCUAUUAUUUGCUUCGCUUCUUCAAGAAGUUUGUUCUCGUCCAGGCCUGAUAUCACGACCUGACGUGGGUCGUCAGCUAGCUUCUCUAACAGACUCAUGC